CUUACCCUGCACUCUCCGCUCACCCAACGCUCACCUCAACUUAUUUCAGACUACGAGACGACGAAAGAAAACGGGAUGGGCGAAGCAGGACCUUCUCGUACUGUAAAGCAAAAGUCAAAGAGGUCUUCCAAAUCGAAGAAUGGAGUACACUCUUCUAAGCUGCGCAAAGUCUCUGAGGCGAAGACGAUUGAAGCCUUAGAACAGGCUGCAUCACAAUUCGAGCCUCCUCCGGACCUGAAAGCGUUUGCGGACCUCCCAAUUUCGGACUACACCAAACGAGGUCUCAAGAAAGCUUACUUCACCGAGAUGACCGACAUUCAGGCGAAGAGUCUGCCUGUAUCGCUCAAAGGCAAGGAUGUCUUGGGCUCAGCAAGGACUGGAAGCGGCAAGACGCUAGCCUUCCUCGUCCCAGUUCUGGAGAUGCUGUAUCGAAAGAAGUGGGGCCCGCAGGAUGGUCUCGGGGCCUUGAUCAUAUCCCCUACACGGGAACUGGCAGUCCAGAUAUUCGACGUGCUACGCUCAAUAGGUGGUUAUCAUAGCUUCUCGGCAGGUCUGGUCAUUGGAGGAAAGAACCUGAAAGACGAAAGUGAGCGUCUCUCUCGAAUGAACAUCCUCGUCGCGACACCGGGUCGGCUUCUGCAACAUAUGGACCAGACCAUUGGGUUCGACUGCGAUAACCUCCAAACGCUCGUAUUGGACGAGGCCGACCGCAUCCUGGACAUGGGGUUCCACCGUACUCUCACUGCUCUCCUCUCCCAUCUGCCCAAGUCCCGACAAACCCUCUUGUUCUCGGCCACUCAGACUGACUCAGUCGCAUCUCUCGCCCGGCUUUCGCUGACCGACCCUGUCGCGAUUGGCGUAGCCGAAAGUUCGGCGUCUCUCGUCACUCCCGCAUCGCUCCAGCAGCACUAUGUCGUGACCGCACUCGACCAGAAGCUCUCCCUUCUCUGGUCGUUCCUCAAGUCGCACCUCCAAAACAAGACACUCGUAUUCCUGUCGAGUUGCAAGCAGGUCCGGUUCGUCUUCGAGACCUUUCGGCGGAUGCACCCGGGUGUACCCUUGCUUCAUCUCCACGGGAAACAGAAGCAGACAACGCGACUUGCGACGUUUCAGCGCUUCACGGGUAUGCAAAAGGCCGUUUUGUUCGCAACGGACGUCGCCGCACGCGGGCUUGACUUCCCUGCCAUCGACUGGGUCGUCCAGGUCGAUGCCCCAGAAGAUGCGGAGACGUAUGUACACCGCGUUGGACGCACGGCACGGUACGAGAGCGCAGGGCGUGCACUGCUGUUCUUGGUGCCGAGCGAGGAGGAAGGCAUGAAGGCGGUACUGGAGAAGAACGGGUUGAAGGUAGAAAAGAUCAAGAUUCGGGCGAGCAAGACGCAGAAUAUCGAGAACCAGCUGCAGAAUCUGGCCUUUCAGGAUCCCGAGAUCAAGUAUCUGGGGCAGCGAACGUUCGUCUCGUACCUACGCUCUAUCCACCUGCAAAAGGACAAGUCCAUAUUCAAGGUCGAUGAGCUGCCGGUGGAGCGCUUCGCCGAGUCCCUCGGUCUCCCGGGGAUGCCCAAAAUCAAAUUCCUGAGUAAGGAGCUGGCCAAGAAGAAGAAGAACGCGAGCCAUGCCGUCGCACUUGCCGAGUCCAAUGCUGCUCGCGAGGCACGGGUAAGCGAGGGAGAGGAGAGUGACGCCUCUAGCAGCAGUGCUGGCUCCGAAAACGAUAGCAGCGAGGCGAGUGACGAGGAGGACACGGGAAAUCAGCCGUCUGCGAAGGACGAAGACAAGGCGAACCGUGUACGGACGAAGUACGACCGGAUGUUUGAGCGCAAGAACCAGAACAUCCUCUCAGAGCACUACACCAAGCUCAUCGAGCACGCGGGUGGCUCCGACGAGGAGGACGACUUCAUCACCCUGAAGCGCGCGGACCACGAGCUCCCUGGGGACCCGUCUGCCCUGUCCGAGUCAGAGAACAUCUCGAAACGCAAGCAAAGGAUGGCGGUGUCCAAGAAGGCGAUUGCGAAGUACGGCCCGAAGGGCAGCAAGCUUGUGUUCGACGAUGAGGGCGGUGCGCACGAGAUCUACGAGAUGAAGGCACCAGAGGAGGUAUUUGGGGAGGGUAGCGCAGCGGUAAAGGCGGCAGGCAAGGUGUUCGUCGAGGGCGAGAGAGGCCGAAUGAAGGAGGCGGAUGUGAAGGACAAGGAGGAAGCGCGAGACAAGAAGAGGGAAAAGAAGAGGAAGAGGAAGGAGAGGGAGCGUGAGGAAAUGGGAUACGAUGCCGAUGGCGGCGGAGGAAUGGUUGCCACGCUUGAACCCGUGGACGAGGACGAUGGCUACGUCAGCCCGGAGUUCGAUCUGCCCUCAGAAUCUGAGGACGAGGCUCCUCCCGCCAAACGGAGUAAAGCCUCGACCAAUCAAGUCCGAAAGCGGGAUGCUGGCGCCACUACGCUCGAAGAGGAAGAAGAGUUGGCCUUGCAGCUCCUACGUAGUCGCCGAUAGGAUGAUGUUAUGCAUGCUCUCCAUGCAUGCGAUUACCAACUGCAGUAAUCACUGUCUCCUGCUCUUCACAAAGCUAAGCAAUCCACGCUUCCGCAUCAUGUAUGUCAUCAGCUUGUGAGUUCGGUUAC